CUUCAAUUACAGAGUGUGGUCCUCUUGAAAUGGAUUGUUUGAUACCACUUUACUUGUUAUCAUACACACAUUAUGAUUCUUCUCCUUAUCCUGCGCACCCCUUCUGCUACUUUGUUCAAUAGAGACAAAAUCCACACACCAAAAGAAUGACUUACACAGCCAUCUACUACCAAUUCCACCAUUCUCAUCCUCCAAGGCUGAACCAUAAUUGCAAAUCCAACCAUGUCAUCAAGUGGAAGCCUUUGGAACUAUGAGGAAGAAAAGGCAUUUGAGAAUGCCAUAGCUAUGCAUUGGAUUGAAGAAGCCUCAAAUGAGCAAUGGGAGAAAAUUGCUUCAGCAGUUCCCAGCAAAAGCAUGGAAGAAGUGAAGCAGCAUUACCAGAUUCUAGUGGAGGAUGUAAGUGCAAUAGAGGCAGGUCACAUACCAUUCCCCAACUAUACUUCUGAGGAAACCACCUCUUCAAAUAAGGACUUCCAUGGCUCUUCCAAGGCCACAAGUUCAGAUAAAAGAUCAAAUUGUAACUAUUCUACUGGUUUUUCUGGAUUAGGACAUGACUCCACCACUCACAGCACUGGUAAAGGAGCCUUGUCAAGGUCAUCAGAACAAGAAAGGAGAAAAGGAAUUCCAUGGACUGAGGAGGAGCACAGGUUAUUUUUACUUGGUCUAGAUAAGUUUGGAAAAGGAGAUUGGAGAAGCAUUUCAAGGAACUUUGUGAUAUCCAGGACUCCUACUCAAGUGGCAAGCCAUGCACAGAAGUACUUCAUAAGGUUGAAUUCUAUGAAUAGGGACAGAAGAAGGUCUAGUAUCCAUGACAUAACUAGUGUGAACAAUGGAGAUGUGGCUAGUAAUCAAGCACCAAUUACAGGACAACAUAGCAGCACAGUUUCUUCAAGUACAAUGGGUGUAGGACAAUCACUGAAGCACAGAGUGCAGGGUCAUAUAGCACCUGGUUUAGGCAUGUAUGGAACACCAGUUGGACAUCCUGUUGCUGCUCCUCCAGGGCACAUGGCAUCUGCAGUUGGAACUCCUGUCAUGCUUCCUCCUGGACCCCAUCCACCUUAUGUUCUUCCUCUUGCUUACCCAAUGGCACCUCCAACAAUGCAUCAAUGACAACCCUUUUUCUUUUCUUACUUGUAGUUAGUUUCUUUUUCUCUUUUUAGUAUGGAAUUAAGCUCCUUUAUGUGGAAAGUCAUAAAUAUGCUGUGUCAAAUUCUACUCCAUUGGUACUACUUACUACUACUCAGUUUAUAUCUCAGUAUAGAGUUAGUUCAUCUUGCCACUGUUCCUGUGAGGUGCUGGAUGUAAUGCUAAGAAUUUUGCCUUGGAGUGUAUAUGCUGAUGGAAGUGAAUUCAUAUACCAAGGCAAAGACUUGAAGUAAAUGAACUUGUCUUUGUUCAGUGAGCUACAAAUGCUUUAAACAGAUUUCUGUAACCUU